AUGCCAAGGUUCGCUAUAAAAACCCCCAGCUUGAGCAGCCUCGACAUAAAGUAUCUAUACACAAGGUUCUGGCGUGCCAAAUACUACCUCGAUAAAGCCGAAGUUUUGAUGUAUAAAAGCGUACAAUUGUUAAGAGCGUCGGCGUCGCUAACUGUCCUGUUCUUUUUGGGUCUUAGCAGCUUCCUGCAACUGGCAUGGGCACGCUCGCUCUCGGUGUCGCUGAACAUGUCGCUAACCCGCACUGAGGUGGCCGACAAAAACAGCUCUGUGCCCUCGAAGCUCAGCCAAGAGAUGCUGCGGACGUGCAUGAGGGAGACGGAUGUAUCCAUGUCCCAACUGAAGCUUUUUCGCCUAAGUUUAUUAUCCAACGAUUACAAUAACAACGACAAUGCAAUGGGCGCCAGCAACGGGGGCAGCGACGGAAACAACAUGGUCAAUAUGGACUACGGAGGAAGCCAGCAGCUGUCAUUCUUUGACCUGAAGCACAACGAGCCACUACAGUGCUUCGUUCGCUGCCUUUACGAUAAAUUGGGCCUUGUUAAGUACGAAAUGCUGCUGGAGGACGCGUUCAAGACCCAGGUGCAGAAUAUCGCAGAGCACGAAAAGCCUGAGAUCAGGGAGUGCAUGGACCUACAGAGCAGGAAUCGUUGUGAGGCCGCAUACAAGCUUCAUCUAUGCUACAACCAUCUUAAGACACUUGAGGCAGAACAGAGAAUUCGUGAAGUGCUAGAGCGGAGCGAGGUUUCUGAGCAAGAAGGCGAAGCAGACAAUGCGAUGAAGGAGAAUGAGGUGCCCACCUCCAAUGAUGACGAUGAUGUCGGUGAAGUUAUAAUUGAUGGUGUGAAGCACUCCGAGGAGAAUCAAAAAAAUUAUUGA